AGAGAGAGAGAGAGAGAGAGAGAGAGAGAGAGAGAGAGAGAGAGAGCAGUUGACAUGGAUGAGGGUUGGAGGCCAUGGCUGUGACAAGGUGUGUGCUUAGGUGGGAGGUGAUGGCUGUGAUGAGAUGUGUGGUGGGGUGGGAACUAAUGGCAAAGACGAAGGCGUGGAGAGGGGAGGAAGUCGGGAGCGAUGAGGAGGGGAUUAUUUGUCCCCCCUUCACAGACGGGUCUCACUAAGCUCAGUUAAGAAGGUGUAUUUGGUGGGCCCCAGAUUAUUAAUCCCAUUUAAAACUAGAACCGUAUGACAACAAACAUGGGAUAAUUGUUUAUCCAAACCAGUCCAAGUUAGAGAGGUGUACCAAACGAGCCCUAAGAUCACAGUUAGUUAGGGUUUUGUAUUGAUAAAAUAUCUGCAUAUCCUUUGCACAGGAAAAACCGUCCUGAACCCUUAUACCCCAUCGCUAUUGCAGUUGCUGCCUUGUCAAUCCCAAAGAAUAUGUCUCAUAUUCAACGUGCCCGUGCCUAUUCCCCUUACCCUUCCUUAGAAUCCAGGUCUUUUUCCAAGAGGUGUCCUAGUUGCCCUCCUGAGGUUGUGGUGAAAUACCCAGACGGAGUUCGUAAGGUUGUUCGUCGUUCAGAUUUUCACAAAACUAAAUUUCCAAAAUCGGAUGGGAAGGAUGUUGAUCCUAAUGCUCCUGACUGCAAGUCAUGGGUUGAGCUUGCCGUUGAGGCAACGCUUUUUGAGGGGAGUGAUAGUUAUUAUAGUGAAUAUUUCUGCAAACACUUAAUGAAAUAUUGUGGUGGUAUUGAGAUAGACUUUGGCAAGUCAAAGAAAGGUUCGACUUCUACUAGUAAGGUUCAAGAUUAGUUCAAGAUCCACAACUAAAACUAGAUCCAAGUCUGACACUUGUGAUCAGUGAGAAAGAAAAGAGACUUGAUAGGAAUUAUUUCUGUGUACUGUACUAGCUGAAAUUUUCAGGCUGCGUAUUUAAUAUCCCAACCCAUCGUUUAUAUGGUUUGCGUA